AUGUCGUUGUUGCUUGCGGGCAUCAGGCGAGCUUUGGGGAGUGUUGCUUUUCCGGUGAGGGCUAUGUGUUCUGCUGCUUGCAAAAAGGCAUCCUUUCAUGAUCAAUAUGUGCAGUUGCUAAGCUUCGGCUUCCUCAGCUGCGUUAUACCUACUGUGACCUGUUGGAGAACCAACUCCAAGCAGGUGGAAUGCAAGGCAUUUUCCAAAUACCUUGUGCCACCCAAACGGGAAGUUCGAGGAGUGCAUACACAGGUCAGAGAGCUAUUUCACAUUACAAGAUUUGGGAAAGAGAUUGAGAACUCAGGAGAAAUGAUGCGCGGAACAACCGGUGCUGUGGGUGGGGGUAUUUAUUUCGCUGCAACACGAAAAGAGUGCGAAUGCAAAGCCAAGACAAACGGAUACUUGGUCCGCGCAAAAGUCUUUGUUGGAAGAGCUAAGUGCGUGGAUAUUAAUCUCGGGUCAGCUCAGGGAUUGUUGCGGCUGUUCCUCAUGCUUGGCGGUGCAGGUUUCGUACAGAUGUUGCAGCCCCUGGUUCCAGCUUAUUUGCUUGGAACCCUGAUGGGAUUGGGCAGCCUUGCGUUUGUGGAUCCAUCCGCUGUGAUUGCCAUGACCAUGCUUGCAGCACUGGCUGCUUGGCUUGCUACAGCAUCAUCCCAAGUGCGACAACAGGCUGCGCUCAAUGCCAUCAAUGUGCUAUUGCAAUUGCCUGCACCGAGUAUGUGGUCUACAACAAGGACCAAGUGGAGAUCUUGGAUGUGA